GCCCGGAGCUCGGCAAGGGGUUGGGUUGGGCUGGGCCGGGCUGGGCUGGGCCCAGUAGAGGAGGCGGAAGCAGACAGCUGGCGGGUGUGCGCUGCUCCAGCUAAGUGCCUGCAGACUCUAGUGCCUUUGGGCUCUCCCAGCUUAGGGGCGGUGGGCCCCGUUGUAUGGCCAAGGAGUUCCGGCGUCCGGACACCAUGCCCUGUCAUAACCAGCAGCUCGCCCCCCCUGCAGCGGCCACCCCCUCCCCGUGUCCCGAGCCGGCGGAACCCGGCGGCGGGCCCGGGCAGGACCUGGCCGGGGGCCCGGCCAAGCUGCCUGCGGCCAACGGCGCAGUGUCUGGGCCGGCCGGGGACAGCGCUGAGGGCCCCCAGCCGGAGGACUGUGAGCCCGAGGAGCUCUUCUGUCAGCUCGGCCCGCAGCUCAAACUGCUACCCAUGAACGACCAGAUCCGGGAGCUCCAGACCAUCAUCCGGGACAAGACAGCCAGUAGAGGGGACUUCAUGUUUUCUGCGGACCGUUUGAUCAGACUUGUUGUGGAGGAGGGAUUGAAUCAGCUACCAUAUAAGGAGUGCACAGUGACCACUCCAACAGGAUAUAAGUACGAAGGAGUGAAAUUUGAGAAGGGGAAUUGUGGGGUCAGCAUAAUGAGAAGUGGGGAGGCUAUGGAGCAGGGAUUGCGGGACUGCUGCCGCUCAAUCCGCAUUGGGAAGAUUCUGAUCCAGAGUGAUGAGGAGACCCAAAGAGCCAAAGUCUAUUAUGCCAAGUUCCCCCCAGACAUUUACCGGAGGAAAGUCCUGCUGAUGUAUCCAAUUCUAAGCACUGGAAAUACUGUCAUCGAGGCUGUAAAAGUCCUUAUAGAACAUGGUGUUCAACCCAGUGUCAUCAUCGUCCUCAGUCUCUUUUCUACUCCUCAUGGUGCCACGUCGAUCAUCCAGGAGUUCCCAGACAUCACCAUUUUAACCACAGAGGUCCAUCCUGUUGCACCAACACAUUUUGGACAGAAGUAUUUUGGAACAGACUAAGUUCGAGGAAAACUGUACAAUAUUAUAAGAGCGCGCUGAGUUUCCUCUUGUUGUUCUCUUUUGGUUGGGGAAUAGAAUGAGGCAGUGAGGCGGAGGGACUAUUUAAAUGGAUUUCUUGUUCUAGGCCAAACGGGAAAUAUUGGCAGUCUCUUCAUUGAAUUUGGUUAUUUCUUGACUGUUGGAAUCAAGUGCAAUAAUGAGGGACACUCAGCUCUUAGAAUUGAUGGGAAUUUUAAUAAUGUGCUUAUGCAAAUUACUGGACUCUUCAGUGAAUUAAUUUAUUCUCUAGUUUCUGAACUGCCCUGCUCUGAGGUUUCUUGUAGUUGCAAAUAAACCCAAAAAGAGUCAGUUAUCCAAGGCCCACUGGGGAGUUGCAUUGUGUUCUGUUUGCUUUCUGCUCCCCUGAGAGGGAGGGGGUCUGGGGGUGUGUGGUGUGUGGUGUGUGUGUGUGUGUGUGUGUGUGUGUGUACUCAUGCAUGUGUACGCAUGUUAAGCCUACUCUCCACUUUCCUCUAUUUUCCACAUUCCCAGUUUUGGCUCUUACUUGUGACUCAAACAAAAGUUAAUGCCGCUGGAAUUCCUCAUGUUCUUUCCCAUCCAUACUCUGCUGGGAGACCCAAGAUGUCGGCCCUAGAAUGCGCGCUUCACUUUUCAGCUGGUCCAUUAUUUUUUUUGUGGCUCACUUCCCAAACAGUGAGGGGCUGACUGGGCAGUGAAGGAAAAAAAGGAACUAUUUUGGCAACUGGGCUGUAGCAGUGGCCCCACUGACCACCCCAGGGAAGUUAGAAUGGCCACACAGGAGGGCUAAGUACACUUAAAUACCAUCAAUGCAGAGAAAGGAAAUGAUGGUUCAGUGUGAGUGGGGUGGGGGAGGGGGUGGUGGCAGGCAGAAUGGGUUCUUGCUUGGUCUUCUGGCCAAUAAGUCAAUUAAAAUGAUGUGAUUUCAUAUUGAUGGUUUUUACCCAAAGACUAUGAUUUGGAAAAGUCAUUGGCAAGUUUUGUCCACUGUAGACGUGCCCAAAUGGGACAAAAGAAGGUCAUGUUUUGUAUAAUCCCAAUAAUUUGCGGGUGUUGCUAUUUUGGUUUCCAAAAUGGAGAGGAAUCAUUUUUGAAACAAAAGCUUGGAAAAACCUGUAUCCUAUUUUGCAUUGAUAUUAAAAAACCCCAAUUCUAA